AUGUGCCCCAGAGACAGCCACGCGCCCCACCCAAGGGGGAACAAGCAAGGGAACACAGAGGCAACACCCCCCCGGCCGGGGGGAAGCCCACAGAGAGACAAGGGACAGGGCCCCCCGGCCCAGUCCAAGGCCACCAACCCCGCACGACCUGAGCCCACAGCCACAGGGCUCCACCAAUCCGAGACCCGCCCCGACCCCCGGCGGGGAGCCCGCCACGCACCAGAGAGGCCAGAGCCCCCCCAACCCCCGGCCCCAACGGGGCAGGCCAUGGCCCACCAUGACGACCCAGCCUACCGCCCCCAGGCCAACCCAUAUACCCCGUGGGGAAGACGGCGGGGGGCCACAGCGGCCCCCCACCCCCACCCCAGUCAGGGGCGAAACCCCAGGGAGACUGGGGAGAGCAGGCCCCCAGCCCAGCCAGAAGCCAAACCCUCCACAGGCGGUGCAAUGACCAGAGCAGGGAGGAGGGGAGUCAGGCCUACCAGCCCAGGGGCCACACCUGAACACCCAAGGGAGCCACCAGAGGACCCGAGACGGAGGCCCACCACCCAUGUGGGAGCAGGCCAGGAGGACACCGACCCCCAGUGCACGGCAAGCCCCCAGCCAGGGGCCCGGAGCCGGGACAACAUGGACCCACCCACGCCCGGGCAGCCAGCCCGACCAAGCAGGGGGCCCCCCACCCCCAGACACCCAACAUGCCCCCCCACUCCCACCCCCAUCCCUCGGAGAACCCGGGGGCACGCCGUCCCCCCAGGGCCGGGCCGGGCAGGCAUGGCCCCCCCCGCAUGCGCACGGCCCCCCGCCGGGGGAGAGCACGGGCCCCAGGCCACCAGGCCCCAAUGCCACAGACCCACCCGCACCAGCGAGGCAGCCCAGGCGGGGCCCAAGGGCCACCAAUCCCCCAACCCCCCAGAGCACCCCCCCUCACCGAGGAGGCAGAGGCCCCGCACCCCCCGACACCCCCCCCGCAGCCACCCAGUGACAGUGGCCACGGAUCAAUCGGCCCAGCGAGCCACUGGGUACCCGCGGCAACCGGAAUCCACCGCCACCAGCCCAGAAGUCAGGGCGGCGAAGCCCCGACCCCCACCGACACUAUGUAAUGAAGUUAAUUAUUGGGGUCCAGAUAUGUUCAAAUUCUGUGAGUAG